AUGGAUCCAGAUUAUGUCCUAAAUGAAGGCGAAGAUAGUGGACUGAUAGAAGUAGAAGUCGAUGCUGAGUCAGAACCCUCUACUGAGGAGGAUAGGUUUGAUGACAGUGCUGAUGAUGGUGAACAUGAGGAUUACUUUGGGUUCGAUGUAGAGGAUGGUGUUGAUGGUGGACAAUCAAAUGCGUUUGGUGGGUUCAAUGGCCCGCUAAAUCAAGAAGGCACAACAGAUAAGGGUGCUGAGGAUAAUGAAGCUGCUGGAGAGAUGGAUGAAGAAAUUGGAGACAUUUCGGAUGGUUAUGAAACUGAAGACAUAGAUAGUUACGAGGGAGAUUCUGAUGACAUGAUUAAGAAAAAAAGGUUUUUUAAGUAUGAUGAGGCAGAAAUGUGUAGAGAAUAUGAGUUUAAAGUUGGGUUGGAGUUCAAAACACUGUCCCAGUUUAAAGAUGCAAUUAAGAAGCAUGUCUUAUUGAAUGGGAGAGACGUUAGGUACAAGAAGAACGACAAGUUGAGGAUAAAAACCUUGAAGGGCAAGCAUACCUGUGGGAGAAGUUAUAGUGGUAGGCUUGCUUCUAGUGAGUGGGUAUCAAAAGAGAUUGUCAACAACAUUAGUCGUGGAGAAGAUAUGCGGCUGGCCACUAUUAUUCAAACAAUUCAGGACAAGUAUAUGGCAAAUGUUAGUGUUGGAAAGGCUUACUGGGCAAGGAGAAAAGCAAGGGAAGAAGUACAUGGAAGGGCCAUACUACAAUAUGCCAAAUUGAGGAAACAUUGUGUUGAGAUAUUAAGAGUAAAUCCGGGGUCCAAGCUUACUAUUGUUGUGGAUAGGCCAUCUUUAACACACCAACCGUGA